CGCCCACCGCCGCCGCCGCCGCCGCCUCCUCGCCUCUCCCCCUCUCCCGACGCCGGCGUCCACUCUCCCUCCCCUCCCCUCCCCACCUCCUAACACAUGCCCGCGCCGCAGCAGCAGCAGCAGUGGUAGAGCCCAGCCUGCCUACCCUACCAACCGACGGGCAGUAGCAUGCGCGGCGGCUUGCGCCGCGGGCUGGGCAUCCUCCUCCUCCCGCUCUCCAGCUCGCCCAGCCGGGCGCCGCGGCCGCCGGUCCCGCUCGCUGCUCUGCUCGUCUACCACCGCCGCCUCGAUGUCUUCGCCCGCCGGUCCUUCUGCAGCUCCGGCGGGGGCUACGCCGUGGAGCAGUUCUCCGACGACGAGUACGACCACGAGUACGAGGAUCACCGGCCGUCGUCGUCGGUGGCGAACAUCGACGAGUGGAGGUGGAAGCUGAGCAUGCUGCAGCGCAACGCGGAGGAGCAGGAGAUCAUCUCCAGAGACCGGAGGGAUCGCCGGGACUACGACCAGAUCGCCAACCUCGCCAAGAGGAUGGGCCUCUACAGUGAGAUGUAUGGGAAGGUCAUUGUUGCGAGCAAGGUCCCGCUGCCGAAUUACAGGCCGGACCUGGACGACAAGCGGCCACAAAGAGAGGUGGUGAUUCCAUUAAGCUUACAGAGGAGGGUUGAAGGACUUGUGCAGGAGCACCUUGAUCGUGCACUCUUGCCGGAUAAAUGUGGAACUGGAAAUGGUUCUGAGAUGGCUGAGAAAGCUGAGAAUGUGAACCUGGAUGAGCAGCAGGAUUCCCUUCUCGAUCGAUCGGUCAUGGAGAAGAUCCUUCAGAGGAAGAGCAUACGGAUGCGCAAUUUUCAGAGAAGUUGGCAGGAAUCACCUGAAGGAGUUAAGAUGCUAGAAUUCCGGAAAUCACUUCCUGCAUACAAGGAAAAGGAAAGGCUUCUAGCAGCCAUUGCACGCAAUCAGGUUAUAGUGAUAUCUGGAGAGACAGGGUGUGGCAAAACAACCCAGUUGCCUCAAUUUGUAUUAGAGUCAGAGAUAGAAUCUGGCCGUGGGGCCUUUUGUAAUAUAAUCUGCACACAACCUCGGAGAAUUUCUGCAAUGGCAGUUGCAGAGAGAGUAUCCACUGAGAGAGGAGAGAAUCUUGGUGAAUCGGUUGGCUACAAAGUUCGAUUGGAGGGAAUCAAAGGAAAAGACACACAUUUGCUUUUCUGCACAAGUGGUAUAUUACUACGACGAUUGCUCAGUGACAGAAACCUGAAUGGAGUAACUCAUGUAUUUGUUGAUGAAAUACAUGAAAGAGGCAUGAAUGAAGAUUUCUUAUUGAUUGUCCUAAAAGACCUAUUAUCACGACGCCGUGAUUUGAGGUUGAUCUUGAUGAGUGCUACUCUAAAUGCGGAACUGUUCUCAAGUUAUUUUGGAGGAGCACCAACUAUCCAUAUUCCUGGAUUCACAUAUCCAGUGAGGGCACAUUUUCUGGAAGAUAUAUUAGAGAGGACUGGCUAUAAGUUGACCUCAAGCAAUCAACUUGACGAUUAUGGACAAGAUAAAGUCUGGAAAACUCAGAGGCAACUAUUACCUAGAAAAAGGAAAAAUCAAAUCACAACGCUUGUUGAGGAUGCCCUUAAAACUUCUAGCUUUGAGACCUAUGGAUCGAGGACACGCGAUUCUCUGUCAAAUUGGAAUCCUGAUUGCAUAGGGUUUAACCUUAUAGAAGCUGUUCUUUGCCACAUAUGUCGUAAAGAGCGGUCUGGUGCAGUUCUAGUUUUCAUGACCGGAUGGGAUGAUAUCAGUUGCUUGAAGGAUCAACUAAAGGCACACCCUUUGUUGGGCGACCCUAACAGAGUUUUACUGCUUGCAUGCCAUGGUUCCAUGGCUACAGCUGAACAGAGGUUAAUCUUUGAGAAGCCACCUCCUAAUGUUCGGAAGAUAGUGCUUGCCACUAACAUGGCAGAAGCAAGUAUUACAAUAAAUGAUAUUGUUUUUGUCGUGGAUUGUGGAAAGGCAAAGGAAACGACAUACGAUGCACUAAAUAACACUCCCUGCUUGCUUCCCUCAUGGAUUUCAAAGGCUUCUGCUCGUCAGAGGAGGGGCAGAGCUGGUCGUGUGCAACCUGGAGAAUGCUAUCACCUCUACCCUAGAUGUGUGUAUGAUGCAUUUGCAGAUUACCAGCUUCCUGAGCUCCUUAGAACUCCAUUGAAUUCACUAUGUUUGCAGAUAAAAAGUUUGCAAGUUGGCAGCAUUGGGGAGUUUCUAUCAGCUGCCUUACAGCCCCCGGCACCACUAGCUGUCCAAAAUGCAGUGGAAUUCCUGAAAAUGAUUGGAGCAUUAGAUGAAAAUGAGAACCUAACUGAUCUAGGAAGAUACCUUUCCAUGCUUCCUGUUGAUCCAAAGUUGGGGAAGAUGCUUAUAAUGGGUGCAGUUUUCCGCUGCAUUGAUCCUAUACUUACCGUGGUUGCUGGAUUGAGUGCCCGGGAUCCUUUCCUGCUGCCACAGGACAAGAGAGAUUUGGCAGGAACCGCCAAAUCAAGAUUCUCAGCAAAAGAUUAUAGUGAUCAUAUGGCCCUAGUCCGGGCUUAUGAAGGAUGGAAGGAUGCAGAGAGAGAAGGGUCUGCUUAUGAAUACUGCUGGAGAAAUUUCCUUUCUGCUCAAACACUUCAAGCCAUUCACUCUCUUCGGAAGCAAUUCAGCUAUAUAUUAAAGGAUGCUGGUUUGGUAGACUCUGAUGCAAAUACAAAUAAUAGUUUGAGCCAUAAUCAAUCAUUGGUCCGUGGUAUCAUAUGUUCUGGACUUUUCCCAGGCAUAACAUCAGUUGUGCAUAGAGAAAACUCUAUGUCGUUCAAGACCAUGGAUGAUGGCCAAGUUCUUCUUUAUGCUAAUUCAGUGAAUGCUAAGUACCAGACCAUCCCUUAUCCAUGGCUGGUCUUUGGUGAGAAGGUGAAGGUAAAUGCUGUCUUCAUCCGUGACUCAACCGGAGUAUCAGAUUCCAUCCUGAUCUUAUUUGGUGGUGCUGUUACAAAAGGAAGCAUGGCUGGGCACCUGAAGAUGCUCGAUGGUUACAUCGAUUUGUUUAUGGAUCCUAGCCUGUGUGAAUGCUACUUGCAACUUAAAGAAGAGCUUGAUAAACUUGUACAGAAGAAGCUUGAAGACCCCAGCUUCGACAUCCACAAGGAAGGAAAGUACAUCUUAUAUGCCGCACAAGAGCUCGCUGCAGGCGACCUAUGCGAAGGAAGGUUUGUGUUUGGCCGCGAGACGAGCAGAGCAAGGCUCAGCAGCAGCGACGACACCAAAGGCAACAUUAUCAAGGACGGAAUGAACCCCAAGAGCCUGCUCCAGACCCUGCUGAUGAGGGCCGGCCACACCCCUCCCAAGUACAAGACAAAGCACCUCAAGACCAACGAGUUCAGGGCCAUAGUGGAGUUCAAAGGGAUGCAGUUUGCCGGGAAACCCAAGAGGAACAAGCAGCUCGCCGAGAGGGACGCCGCCAUUGAAGCGCUGGGAUGGCUGACACAGACCUCAGGGACAAAGCUUCAGGAUGAUGGCGAUGAUUCCCCUCUUGACCUGACGGAUAACAUGCUGAAGUUGCUCAGUAGACCGAGGCGGCGGUCCAGAAACAAUUCCAGGAAAUGAUUUUCCUGUCAAGGACAUCUAGUACUUAGGUUCAUAAGAAGCCCAUGAUAGUUUUGUUAUGGUGCCAUUUUUUUGUUGGCCUAUUGGUUGGAUGCAUUCGAGCUUGGUUUCACCGGAUUCAUCGCCCCUUUUGGAAUUUUGCUCCGUGUCGAGCGUUUAGAUGCUCAAAUUAGUGUGACCAUUAUUGGUUGCAUCCCUUGAACAUGGUUAUGUAAUUUGUUAGUUUGUACAGCUUAUUAUGUAUACAACGGCAUGAUGUAUGAUCGAGAAGUGAGGAAAAAUGGAAGGUACUGGAUUUUGCCUGUACUAAUUCCGCAUUCA